AUGCCUUUCUGGAAAAAAGAUCCAGCUAAAAAAGAACUUUAUACAAAUGUUGCCGAAGGUUUACGACAAAUCUAUAAAACAAAAUUAUUACCACUUGAAGAAGCAUAUAGAUUUCAUGAAUUUCAUUCAUCACAACUUGAUGACAGUGAUUUUUCAGCUAAACCAAUGGUACUUCUUGUUGGACAAUAUUCAGUUGGUAAAACAUCAUUUAUUCGUUAUCUAUUAAAUGAAGACUUUCCUGGUAUUCGCAUUGGCCCAGAACCAACAACGGAUUCAUUCAUUGCAAUAAUGCAUAAUGAAAAUCCUGGUAUUGUACCAGGUAAUGCAUUAGUCGUCGAUCCAACAAAACCAUUUCGACCAUUAUCAAAAUUUGGCAAUGCUUUUCUAAAUCGUUUUGUUUCAUCACAAAUACGUAAUGAAAUUUUAGAAACAAUUACAUUUGUUGAUACACCUGGUAUAUUAGCUGGUGAAAAACAACGUGUUGAUCGUGGUUAUGAAUUUAGUCAAGUUCUUGAAUGGUUUGCUGAUCGUGCUGAUCGAAUAUUACUUUUAUUUGAUGUAACAUCAUUAGAUAUAUCAGAUGAAUUAAAACGAGCUAUUGAAGUAUUAAGACGAAAUGAUGAUAAAAUACGUAUUGUUUUAAAUAAAGCAGAUUCAGUUGAUCAACAAGCAUUAAUGCGUGUUUAUGGUGCUUUAAUGUGGUCAUUAGGAAAAGUACUUAAUACGCCAGAAGUUUGUCGUGUUUAUGUUGGUUCAUUUUGGUCAAGACCCUUACAUUUUGAUACAAAUCGACAUUUAUUUGAAUUGGAAACAAAAGAUUUAUUUAAUGAUUUAGAAUCUUUACCAAGAACAGCAACUCUACGAAAAUUGAAUGAUUUAAUUAAACGUGCACGAUUGGCUCGAGUACAUGCAUUAAUUAUCAGUGAAUUAAAAGAAAAAAUGCCAAGUGUAUUUGGUAAAGAUGCAAAACAGCGAGAAUUACUUAAUAAUUUACAUUUAAUUUAUGAAAAAAUUGAACGUGAACAAAAUAUUCCAUUAGGUGAUUUUCCUAAAUUAGAUCGUAUGCAAGAAAUAUUACGUAAUAUGGAUUUUACAAAAUUUCGACCACUUGAUCGAAAAUUACUUGAACGUGUCGAUAGAAUGUUAUCUGAAGAUGUACCAAAAUUAAUGUCUAUGAUACCACAAGAAGAACAUGCUUAUUUACAAUUACAGACACAAUCAUCAACGGGACAAAUGUUAUCAGGAAAUACAAUAUUUAGUGAUCAACAAGAAACACCAUUUGCAAUAGGUGGUGUUGAAGGUAUAAAUGCUGGUAUUGGUGAAUAUGAAUGGAUUGUUGAACGAUCAAGACAUGAAUAUGAUCAAGUAUUUGUACAACUUUCACCACAAAAUGGAAAAAUUAGUGGUGCAUCAGCUAGACAAGAAAUGAUUAAAUCCAAACUUCCAAAUAAUGUACUUGGUCGUAUAUGGAAAUUAAGUGAUAUUGAUAAAGAUGGUAUGCUUGAUAUUGAUGAAUGGGCUUUAUCUCAACAUCUUAUUAAAAUUAAAAUCGAUGGUCAUGAAUUACCAAAUACAUUGCCUGAUCAUCUUAUACCACCAAGCAAACGUCAUUUAAUUAAUAAUGCGAAUAAUAAUAGCAAUACUACUCCAUCGUAUGGAAAUAGUGGAGUGUAUCCAACACUUGGCAAUAUUCCUAAUAGUGGUUAUGUUUGA